GACAAAAUGGGGAGAGCCAUGUCAAACUAUUCCUCUAUAAAUGAAUUCUCUGAUUCCAUGAACGCCAUGCAACAACCUUUGUUCUUUGAUCUUCUUCCAUCAAUGGCCACCAAGAAAUCUGUCCGUGUGAUAUUGUUCCCUUUCAUGGCCCAGGGCCAUCUCAUCCCUUGUGCAGCCCUAGCACAGAUGCUCGAGCGAUGGACCCAAUUCACCAUCACCCUUAUCAACACCCCUCUCAACAUCCAAAAUCUCCGAAAGGCUCUCCCAACAAACACCACCAUCGAGCUAAUUGAACUUCCUUUCAACGGCUCAGAUCACGGCAUACCACCCCACAUCGAAAACACCGACGCUUUGCCCAUCCAUCUCUUCCACUCAUUCUUCCAAGCCACCGUUGAACUGGAAUCUUCCUUCGAACUCCUUCUCAUCGAUAUAAGCCGAACAGACGGUCGGCCUGCUCUUUGCCUGAUUGCUGACGUGUUUCUUGGAUGGACGGUCGAUGUCGCCAAGAGGCUUGGAAUGUUCCAUGCUGUUUUUCUUCCUGCAGGAGCUUUUGGAAUGGCCGCAUUUUACUCUCUUUGGUUGCAUCUACCACAUCAGCAUACAGAUUCCGAUGAGUUCGGCCUACCAGAUUUUCCUGAAACGUUCCGUCUUCACCGCUCACAAUUAGAUUUUGUAGAGAGAAAUGCUCAUGAGAAGGAUCCUUUGUAUGUUACGGUCCGUCGGCAAUUGUCGCUUUCUUUGGGUUCUGGAGGGAUUUUAUGUAAUACGGUGAAAGAGAUGGAGAUGGCGGGAAUGGGACUUUUACGUAAGACUUCAAGGCUACCAGUUUGGGCUGUCGGUCCACUACUCCCUCUCUCUUUGUUCGAAUCUCCUUCCAAUGGGAAAUUCUCUAAUGGGCGGUCUGGAAGGGAGCCUACAAUCUCUUCUGAUCGAUGUGUUGCAUGGCUGAAUCUACACUGUCCAUCUUCAGUUAUUUAUGUGUCGUUUGGUUCUCAGAAUAGCAUCUCAGCUCUACAAACGAUGGAGCUUGCGAUGGGAUUGGAAGCGAGUGGGAAACCGUUCAUUUGGGUCCUUAGACCUCCUUUCGGACAUGACAUAGGUGGAAGUUUCAGACCCGAAUGGCUGCCUGAGGGGUUCGAAUAUCGGAUGAUGGAGAGAAAACAAGGGCUGAUAAUCCAUAAAUGGGCCCCACAGCUGGAAAUACUAUCGCAUCGAUCAACAGGUGCGUUUCUCAGCCACUGUGGUUGGAACUCAGUGUUGGAGAGCUUGAGUCAAGGUGUGCCGAUGAUUGGGUGGCCGUUGUCAUCUGAUCAGUUCAUCAACUCAAAGAUGAUGGUGGAGGAGAGGGGUGUGUGCGUGGAGGUGGUGAGAGGGAUGGAGGAGAAUGUGGUGGGGCAGAAGGUGAAGAGGGUGAUUGGAUUGGUGAUGGGUGGGACAGAGAAAGGAGAGGAGAUGAAGAAGAAGGCCAUGGCAGCUCGAGAGGUGAUGAAGGCUGCUGUGAAAGAACAUGGGUCGUCCGUCAAGACACUCGAAGAUUUCUUCCGGAACGUAGACGAAAGAAAGACGCCGGUAUUCCAUGAAAAUGGAAAUUAAACUCCAAGAAUCUGAUGAUCUGAUCAAUCACUAUCUUGGCUAGGAGAUCAGGAUGGAAUGCUCGUGUUGCCGCUUGGGGACUACUUGCAAAGAUGGUCUGAUGAUCCGAACCGUUCAUCAUCUCUGUGCCAGCAUAAGCGAGCUAUGGUGCAAUAAGCAAGCUCAUGCCAUUUG